CGCACCGAUACAUACACAGCCACCGCUCUUUCAGUCAGAUAUUAUCACCAUUUUAAAAUUAUUAAUUAUAUUUAUCAUUUUUUCACAUACAAACACACACUUUCAACAGAAGUUCAAUCUUCUUCCGGAGCACAAAUUCAACAGUUGCUGAGCGAUGAGAAGACCAAGCAAUCGAUCGCUAACUGUUUUUUAAGCAGCAUUAAUUUCUAAUGAUAUGGCAGUUACAGCCAUAAAUUGCAGUCAAUAUUAGUUUCAGUUGCAGAAUGUUCGCGGUUUCGUAACGUAAAUCCUCAUUUGUCAAGUGUUUUGGCUGAGGAAAAGAUUGAAAAAAUCAGGGUUUCUGGAGAUAUUUAAGAGCAAAUUGGGGGAAAAGGGAAAGUAGAAAAAAAGUUAUGGGGUUGAUAUCGGGAUUAGUGAUGGGGAUGCUGACAGGGAUCGCGUUAAUGGCGGGAUGGAGCUACAUGAUGCGCCACCGGAGCACGAAGCGUGUUUCUAAGGCUGUUGAAGUUAAACUACUGAGCUCACUGAACAAGGAGGAUAUGAAGAAGAUUUGUGGGGAUAAUUGUCCUGAGUGGAUAUCGUUUCCUGUUUUCGAGCAGGUGAAAUGGCUGAAUAAACAGCUGGGAAAAUUGUGGCCAUAUGUUGCAGAUGCAGCAGAGGCUGUUAUAAAAGAAUCUGUUGAACCGUUAUUGGAAGAGUAUCGUCCUACAGGAAUUUCUUCUUUGAAAUUCAGCAAAUUGUCUCUUGGAACAGUGGCUCCUAAAAUUGAAGGGAUUCGGGUUCAGAGUCUUAAAGAAGGUCAAAUCACAAUGGAUAUUGACCUCCGGUGGGGUGGUGAUCCGAGUAUUAUCCUAGCUGUCGAGGCUGCACGUGUUGCUUCUAUACCUAUUCAGUUGAAGGAUCUUAAAGUUUUCACUGUGGUUCGUGCUAUUUUCCAACUUGCGGAUGAAAUUCCUUGCAUCUCUGCAGUAGUGGUUGCUCUGCUUGCUGAGCCGAAGCCACGAAUCGAUUAUACUCUGAAGGCUGUUGGUGGAAGUUUAACAGCUAUUCCUGGGCUUUCAGAUAUGAUUGAUGACACUGUUAAUACGAUUGUGACGGAUAUGCUACAAUGGCCCCACAGGAUUGUUGUCCCCAUCGGUGGUAUACCUGUAGAUACCAGUGAAUUGGAGCUUAAGCCGGUUGGAAAACUCACAGUAACUGUCGUACAGGCAAACAACCUGAAAAAUAUGGAAUUGAUAGGAAAAUCUGAUCCCUAUGUUGUCUUACACAUCCGUCCUUUGUUUAAAGUAAAAACAAAGAUUGUAGAUAACAACUUGAAUCCUGUUUGGAAUCAAACAUUUGAAUUGAUCGCAGAAGACAAGGAGACCCAGUAUCUCAUUAUCGAGGUAUUUGAUCAAGACAUUGGACAGGACAAGCGAUUGGGCAUUACAAAGCUGCCACUUAUUGAGUUGGAAGCAGAAAAAUCAAAAGAUUUCGAACUAAGGCUGCUCCCAUCACUCGAUAUGCUUAAGAUUAAAGAUAAGAAGGAUAGAGGCACUGUGACUCUUCGGGUGUUGUACCACGAAUUUAACAAGGAAGAGCAGCUAGCAGCCCUAGAAGAGGAGAAGAGGAUCUUAGAGCAGCGUAAGAAACUGAAAGAGGCUGGAGUUAUCGGGAGCACAAUGGAUGCCCUUGAUGGCGCAGCUUCCCUGGUAGGGUCCGGGGUGGGUUUUGUGGGUGCUGGCAUUGGGGCCGGAGCUGGGCUUGUUGGGUCGGGCCUAGGCGCUGGAGCUGGGCUUGUCGGUAGUGGGCUGAGCAAAGCUGGGAAGUUCAUGGGCCGGACCAUUACUGGCGGGCCAUCCAACUCGUCUAAGAAGAGCGGGGUUUCAACGCCGGUUAAUCCUCAGGAAAACGGAGGAGGCACGGCAAAGCCACUGUAAGUUUGGACGCAUGAUUGUUAAUUACUUUGGUAAUUACUGUGGACUUUUUUAGUUUUUGGUUAAUUUAGUGUUUGAUCAAAGAGCAUUGUGUGCAUUAUGGUGUGUUGUGUGGAGGCUGGGAAUAUUGGAGUUGUGGGUACUGAAUUAACUGGANUAUUGAAUUGUUUGCUUU